GCCCUCUUUGCCUUCACUUCCAUCACCGUUAUCCCUCUCCGCCGAACUUCGGUUACCCACUCUCUCCUUCUUGCAUUCACCCGCCGCGCAUCCCAUCUCCAUCUCCUCUCUAUUCCCCGACCUCUGCUACUUUCAUCCGAGGUUUACCGGACCAAGGAGACAAUCCAGAGAGAGGAAUCAGCGGUAGAAACCAAAAACAAAAAAGAAGGAAAGGAAAGCAGCAGAGGCCAUAACCACGAGAGGAACAUUCGGCUGAACCGGAGCUACCUCUUGGAACCAGAGAGUAGAAAUACAGAAGAAGGGUGUGAGGAGGCUGCACAGAAAACAGAGAAGGAGAAUUUGUAGCAAAUUAAGAAAAGAUGCAGCACGACGAGGUCAUAUGGCAAGUUAUCCGGCACAAACACUGUAGUUACAUGGCCAAAAUCAAUACUGGGAUUUUCUGUAGGAAUCCUUAUAAUGUAACAGGGAUCUGUAAUCGUAGUUCAUGCCCUCUUGCAAAUAGUCGCUAUGCCACCAUCCGUGAUCAUGAUGGUAUGUUUAUGCUGUUGCUUUUCACUUUAUUUUGCCUGCCUUUUAGCUGCUGAGAUAGUGAUGAAAAAAAGAUGAGUGUUGAAUUGUGGUUAUUGAUGUUUUUAUUUUUUUAGGUGUAUUUAAAAAUUUAAGCUCAUUUCUGGUAUUAGGUUCAAAAGUUAGGAUUUAGAUUUACUCUCUUUUCUUCUACUUAUAGGAAUCUAUGUGGAAGCUCUUUCAUAAUUAUGCAAAGCACAAGCUGGUAUUUAAUGCUGCUGUACUAAAAUAACUUCUCCAAGAAAUUUGUUUUUUUUGG